UUCAUUCUCUACGAUCUACUUCUCUGUCAUCCCUCAUUCUCUUUCUCUCUUUUCGCUAGUGAUUCGAAGUUGGAGUCGGAGCUUCUCCUAUCGGAAACCAAUGCAACCUCUGGUUGUAAUGCCUCACAUACAAGAUGAGAAGAAUGAAGGUUACAUGGGAUGAACCAGAGUUACUUCAAAAUGUAAAAAGGGUGAACCCUUGGUUGGUUGAAUUGGUAUCAAACAUGCCUACCAUCCAUCUUUCCCCUUUCUCACCAGCACGGAAGAAAUUGAGAUUACCUCAAAACCCAUAUUUUCCCUUCGAUGACCAGAUUUCAGUGCCAACAUUUCCCAUUGUUUUCCUUUCAAUGGGGUUAAUGCAUGGCGAAUGCAGGAGCAGAUAGUUUUUCUUGUUUUGUUCGAAUCUUAGGUGAUUCAGUGGAUCAUUUCUGUGAACAAUUGGAUAAUAGUUCAAGUGGCAUCCUUUCUACUCUUUCACGUUUGUCAGAUUUGCUAAAAGUAAAUGAUGAGCAAUUAUGGAAUCAUCGUGAAUUUACAACAAAGGUUAAACCACAAUUCUAUGCUUUCCGGUGGAUUACACUGCUACUUACACAAGAGUUCAAAUUUGAGACUAUCUUGAGAAUAUGGGAUACACUUCUAAGUAAUCCUUUUGGUGUUCAGAUAUGCUUUUUCGGAUCUGUUGUGCAAUGCUACUUUGCGUGAAAAGCAGACUCCUAAGUGGUGAUUUUGUGGCUAAUUUAAAGCUCUUACAACACUAUCCUGAUGAUACCAACGCAGUAUACCUCCUCUAGGUAGCUCAGGACAUUAGUCCUGACACAUCUUCAUAUUAUUUAUCCCUUUGAUUUA